AUGCUGCUUCAGAGAUUGAGGGAAGGAGAUGAGGAGGAGGAGGAGGAAGAGGAGGAGGAAGAGGAGGAGGAAGAAAAUUGGGUGCGGCCCGUCAUGAAAAGAAAAUGCCUUCACACGAGACUUGUCAGUCUGAUCAUGUGGCUUCGUAAAGUAUGCAUUAGUCAUACGUACAAUAUCUGA